AUGGACGAGAACCUGCAGGUGCCUCCAGCCCGCUCGCAGCCCACCCAGCGCGCGGCGUUAUCUCGGGCGCGUCCUGCGUUGAGUCUGCAGCGGAUUGUGGGCGCGGGAGCAUGUGAAGCUUGUCGCGGCCGCAUCACCAAGUGCUCAGAGUGCCGGAAGCGGCACACGCCAUGCAACUACCUUCAGCCUGCGGUCCGGCCCGUUGCUGCCAGUGCCAGGCGAUACCAUGGCCAGGUCCAGGUCCACGCACACCAUCACCCCCAGCAUGCCCUCCUCCGGCACAUCUUCGCUCAUCUGCGCUCCCAGCCAUGGCACGUCGCCCAGGACAUCCUCACCCAGCUGCGUCGCGGCACCGACGAGCGCACCCUCCUCCGUUUCCUUGAGUAUGGCAGUCUACGUGUCCAGCUCAAGCUGGUCCCAGACACGACAUACCAGUUCACCGCUCCCUAUCUUGCUGACAUGAUGCCGCUCUUUGGCGGUGCCGACAACCCCUACCUUGCCUCCAGGCUGUACAAGGCCCUGUCGGACGAGACUGCCCAUCACGGCACCGACAUCCAGGAGCAGACUCACAGCGCCAUCUACCACGUGCCCUAUCCCGGCGCCCGCAUGUACGAUCCACGCAUGUCGCCAGACACGCUGAGGCCGUCCAAGUGGACUUCGAUAAGCGACGACGACGGCUUGCUCACCCGCCUUCUCGAAGGCUACUUCCUGUACGAGUUCCCAUUGUGGCCUUGCUUCCACAAAGAUCACUUUCUCGAUGACAUGACUGCUGGAAGGUCUGAUUACUGUUCACCACUCCUAGUCAGCGCCAUUCUCACCGCAGCCUGUCACGGCUUGAGUACGCUUGGGCAGAGGUCCGAGUUUUGGAACCCCAACACCUAUAGCUAUCGGUGUAUGGCUGAGACCAGACAGCUAUGGGAGCUGGAACAGUCACAAGCCGUGUGUAGUCUUCCGACUGCCCAGGCAGCUACCAUCAUAGGCCGAAUAUACUUCGCCAAUGGCAUGGACAAAAUGGGCUGGACAAUGUGGUCUCACGCUCUAGCGCUUGCGGAUAGACUAGACUUAUUUGCUAAGAGCGCGCAAUACAAUAACGAGAAGGACCGCAUUUCAAGAACCAUCACAGCCUGGGGCAUCUUCUCUCAGCAAGCGUAUGAGCUUACCUGA